GAGCAGCAAGACCAAAGAUGGAUCAGCUGUCGGACGAGGAGGUGGAGGUCAAGGGGGAAGAGGAGGAGGAAGAGGAGGAUAGCGAUAAGGAGGACCAGGACCUGGAUAAGAUGUUUGGAGCCUGGCUGGGAGAGUUGGACAAACUCACGCAGAGUCUGGAUGAAAGUCGCCCGGAGGAACCGCCUCAGCGGAAAGCUCCCCUCAGGCAAGACACCAACAUGGCCAACUUCUCCUACAGGUUCUCCAUCUACAACAUCAACGAGGCGCUGAAUCAGGGCGAGAACGUGGACCUGGACGCUCUCAUGGCAGACCUCUGCUCCAUCGAACAGGAGCUCGGCACCGUCAACGCCAAGCCCAACAGCGCCGGCGGCAUGGCUCGCCUGGGCCUGACCGACGCCAAGGUCCGUCAGAAGCCUCCAGCCGGGCGUAGUAGCCGGCAGCUGCCAGCAGCAGGAGCAGGAGGAGGCGGCGGCGGCGCUGGCGGUGGCAGUAACAGCGUUGGCGGUGGCGGGGGCAGCAGCGGGGCGAGCAGCGGCAGCAGCAGCGCUAGGGCGUCGCCGGCUGGCACCAUCAGAGUUCCCGCAGAGCAUCAUGGGAGAGCCGCACUGGCUUCCAACUUCAGUCUCGAUGACAUCACCGCCCAGCUGGAGAAGGCGUCUCUAAGUAUGGAUGAAGCUGCUCGUCAGACCUCCUCACACUCCCUUACCUCCGCCUCCUCCUAUUCGUCCGCCACCAUGCGGCGGCCCGGCUCGUCUCAGCGGCACCACCGACGCACCGGGUCCGUCGGCACGGUCAGCGAGCACGAGGCACGUUCAAUCGUUCACUCCUCCCGCUCCUCCGCCACCUCGGCGUCCGGCGCUUCUGUUAACUCCGCCUCCUCCAUGGACUCGUUGGACAGCGUCCUUUGCUCCGACGAACCGGAGGGUCAGCAAGCGGCGGGUCCGCCCUCGGCCUCAAGAGCCGCUCCGGGUCACCCCCACAUGGAGCACUCCUAUCUGGACAGGGAAACCUCUCUGAUUCUGAGAAACAUAGCGGGGAAACCCUGCCACCUGCUGACCAAGGAGGAACAGGCGGCCAAGCUGAAGGCCGACAAUAUCCGAGUCGCCCUGGAGAAGAUCAAGGAGGCGCAGGUCAAAAAGCUGGUGAUUCGCGUUCAUCUGUCCGACGAGAGCUCAAAGACGAUGAUGGUGGACGAGAGACAAACCGUGAGACAGGUUUUGGACAGUUUGCUGGAGAAAUCCCACUGUGGUUACAGUCCGGACUGGUCACUGGUGGAAACCAUCAACGAGCUGCAGAUGGAGCGGAUCUUCGAGGACCACGAGAACCUGGUGGAGAACCUGCAGAACUGGACCAGAGACAGCCAGAACCGCCUGAUGUUCACUGAGCGCAUUGAGAAGUACGCUCUGUUCAAGAACCCCCAGAACUAUUUGCUGGGGCGGAAGGAGACGUGUGAGAUGGCUGAGAGGAACAAAGAGGCUCUGUUAGAGGAGUGUUUCGGCGGCAGCACUGUGUCCGUCCCCGAGAUGGAGGGGGUGUUGUGGCUGAAGGAGGAUGGCAAGAAGUCGUGGAAGAAGCGCUACUUCCUGCUGAGGGCGUCUGGCAUCUACUACGUGCCCAAGGGAAAGGCCAAGGCCUCCAGAGACCUGGUGUGUUUUCUCCAGCUGGAUCACGUGAACGUUUACCACGGACAGGACUACAAGAGCAAGUACAAGGCUCCCACCGACUACUGCAUGGUGCUGAAGCAUCCUCAGAUCCAGAAGAAGUCUCAGUACAUCAAGUAUCUCUGCUGUGACGAUGUCAGGACCCUCCAGCAGUGGAUCAACAGUAUUCGAAUCGCCAAGUACGGGAAGCAGCUGUACAUCAACUUCCAGGAGGCCAUGAGGAGGACGGAGGCGGCCUACGAUUGGUCCUCCCUUUCUUCCUCCUCCAUCAAGUCAGGAUCCAGCUCCAGCCUUCCAGAGUCCCAGUCCAACCACUCCAGCCAAUCGGACAGCGGCGUGUCGGAGAUGACGUCGUCGGGCCACACCCGCUCCCAGAGCGCCGUCAGCUCCAUCUUCUCCGACGCCUGGAGGAGGGGAACGCAGGGAGAGAUGAUGAGGAUGGACUCCAUCAGUAGGCCCAUCCCGGUCCAGAUCCUCUCCCCCCAGCCCCCGAGCUCCCGGACCAGCUACACCGACGGCCUCGUCCCCUCCGACGACUCCUCCCCGUCACCAGAGCGCGCAGAAGCAGCCUCCUCCGCCUCUCCGCCAGAGAGCCCCGAAUCAAACGGCUACCCCGGCUCCCCCCCGGAGCCGCCCACGACCCCGCGAGCACUUUCCACAGCGGGCUGCAGCCUUCUGUCGCAGAAGUUUCCCAACAUGCAGUACGACUUCACCCCGGAGACGUGCGAGGACCUUUCUCCUCCCCCGCCUCCGGCCGAGCUCUCUCCCCCCGCCACCCUGCAAGUUCUCCGGCCUCUGUCCCCCGGCGCGCCUCCUCCCGCGCCUCCCAAAACCUUCACCGGCGGUUUUCCCCCUCAAAUCCGCUCGCAAACCCUCGGGUCCUCUUCCCUCCCGAUGGCCCUCUCCCCCCUGUCCCCCACUCAGCCCCUCAGCGGCCACGGGCCGGUGAAAAAGCAGCAGAGUUUCUCAACGGGACAUUCCCCGAAUCAGCCCCCGCCCACCCUGCCCAAGCAGCACAGCCUCUCCUCCAAAAACCUCUCCGUCUCCCCGUCCUCGUCCUCGUCCUCCGUCUCCAUAGCGGCCGCUACCUCCUCGUUUGUCAAGCAGAUCGUCAAUCAGUUCCCCGGGAACUCCGCCCCUUCCUCUCUGCCCGCCUCCAGCUCCACGGAAAGGUCGAAGUUCGCCGCUCCGCAGUCCCCGCCGGCGGUCAAGGCCAAACCGAAGUGGCAGCCGGGGGGCGCCGUGGCUCCGCCGUCCCCGGAGUUCCCCCCGCCUCCGUGCGACAGCUCCAUGGCGGAGUUCCCUCCGCCCCUGUCUUCCGGCCUGCCUCCCAACGCGUCGGCGGCAUCAAGCAAAGCGGGGGGGCCGGCCCCCCAGAGAGCCUCGUCCAUCCUGUGCAGCUUGUCGGGCGACGCCCAUGAAGAGCGGCCGAAGAAUGUGGAGAGCCUGGUCAGCAAAUUUGGCCAGAGCCCUCAGACGGGGACCGUCGUCCGGCUCGUCGUCAGCGACCGGCUUCGUCCUUCCAAGGACGCCUCGGCGCUUCCUGCCCCGCUCCCCAAGCCGGGGAAGCUGAACCUGGCCAACCUCCCGUUGGCGCUCAAGGGGCUGCAGGCAGGCCCCCCCCACCAGCCCUCCGAAUUCCCCCCGCCCCCGCCCGCCCAGCCUCCCAACCUCGACUCGUCACCGGACUACUUCCCGCCUCCGCCCAGUGACUUUGAGCUGUUCCCUCCUCCCCCCCACCCGUCAGAGUUCCACCAGCCCCCCAAGGUCGCCGUGGUGAACCCACAGCCUCAGAUGCCACCGCCCCAACAGUCGGCGCCUUCCUCCUUGUCGUCGUCGUCGUGGAAACAGAGUUCGCUGAAGAAGGGGGCGGCCCUCCCUCCGACACUGAAUCGGCGGAUAAGCAACACGACGCAGUACGACGCGCCCCUCUCGCCGCCGCCUCUGUCUCAGACCCCACCGCCCUCCCUGUCCUCUUAUUCCUCCCCCUCUCCGAUCCCCCCCACCUCCCCGAAGUCCCCGGGGCCGAGCUCCCUGACGCUGAAGCCCCACUUCCUGGAGGACCUCAACCGCACCCUCAAGAGGAAGUCGGUGUCCCGCCAUGGCUCGCUCACGUCCUCCCACCUCAUCUCUUCCUGUAAGAUGGAGCCCGCGGGCACCAUGGACGACAUGGCGCUCCUCCCGCCGCCUCCCCCCGAGCUCCUGCAGCAGCAGCAGCAGCAGCAGGGCGUCCGAGGACACUCCCAAACUCUGUCUCGCCACCACUCGAACUCCCACUCCAACAAACACGCCAACAUCUCAGGCUAUGCAACGCUGCGGCGAGGCCCGCCCCCCGCGCCCCCGAAACGAGACCAAAGCACCAAACUGACCGGUGACUGGUAGGGGGCGGGAACGUGGGCGGAGCCUAAAGAAACAAACUGACUGUUCAGGUCUCGUGCGGAGAUGAAGUAAUCGAUGUCUGUCUUGACUUGUCCGUCUGUCCUCGUCCUAAAUCCUCCCUUGGACUCCGAGCAAGUAGCAAACCGUCUUUCCGACUCUUAAUCUAAGAUUAUGAUUGUUCCUAUUACCCUGAUUAUUACUAUCGUUACCUACAUACCAUACAUGUUUAACCCGAUGACAUGCAUAAAACAUACACAUAUAUAUAUGUAUGUGUAUAUAUAUAUAUAUAUAUAUCUGUAUACAAGCAAGCCACAAAAAUCCUGCUUUUUUCACAAUGUCUGUGCAGCUUUGCGUUGAAAAUAGAAAAGACGACGAGACUUGAAGGGCAACAGAGACGAAAAGCUGCACAGUAACUGGUACAGCCUGGCGCCGUGGCAACGGAGGGGGGGGGGGGGGCAGAAAUGAAGGAUGCGAAAGUUGUGUAUAGAAAGGUGUUAUGGACUGAGGGGGGGGGGGCAGGCGUUGCCAUUUAUUUCAAACUUUUUGUGUGUGUUUUUAUAUAAGAUUAUUUAAUACUGGAAAGAUUAUUAUUAUAAUUAUUUUAAGAAGUGUCAAAAGAGAACAUAUGGGUCCGUACGCGCUGAUCUGAGAUCAUAUCUGGAUCAUUUCAUUUCAUGUCUUCAUUCAGAGCAUCGCGGCUGAUGCACACGCGUGUAAAUCCGGCAGGCUGAGCUCAGGAUGCAGGCGUCUGGAAGGGAUGAUGCGUCACGGCGUACGCCGGGACUUGCACAUUUCGAUCGUCCUCGAUCUCUGAUCUCAGCUGUCCAGACUUCAACUCGACGCUGUCCCAAAGACGCCUGUUGAAUCUGAGCUCAGACUCGUCAGAAUCAGUCUGGAAACCUUUCGAUGGCUCAUUAAACAGACUCUGUUAAUUCAUAAUAAAUCAGUGAAUUUAGCCGCGCCCUCAUUCGUCUGUGUGUGUCCGUGUGUGUGUGUGUGUGUGUGUCCACUUAAAGCGAUGAGAGAACGAGCACGUGACGUCAGACUGGACCUUCUUGUCUUCAUGUACAGAUUAGACCUCCAGCUGGAGGAAACCCAGUCGCUUCCUUAGCUCCUCUGCUAGCAUCCUUCCACACUGCUCUUUUUCUUCACAUCAUUUACUGGUCAGAACUUUUUGGAUUAUGUGCAGCUGAACGUCGGCUUGUUGCAGUAGUUUGAAAUUAUCCUUUUGAUUUUUAUCAAAAAGUACUGAUUUGAGUGUACAUUUGUCAUGGUUACAAAAUGGUUUCAGGACAAAAUCUGUUUUUUGUGUGGGGGCGGGGGGGGCGUACUUCCCGUGCAGGAAAAGGAUCACCAAGUCCCCAUCAUGGCGUAUUUCAGAACAACGUACCGUUUAAAGCUGAUCAAUGCCGUGUAAAGUAUGUGAGGCUGCCGCGGGGUGUCAAACCGCCCGUCGCUUUUCAAAUAAACGAGAAAUGAGUCAAA